AGUAACUACAGAUGCAGCCGCCAAUGAUGAGGUAGUUGCGCAUGUCUUAGUUAAUUAAGCCACUGUGGAAUUACUUUUAAUUAAGUAUGGUUGGAGACUCAAAAGUAGUUGUUUUCCAUAUCCACCGCUUUUCUUUUUAGUACGCACUAUUCCAAUUUGAAAGACUGGUAUUUAAGUACCGGCCAGGCAAUGUCCUAAUUGCCGCCAUCUUUCUCUGCUGCCACUUUGUUGAAUUUUGGUACAGCAAGUACUAGACUACUAGUGCUUCUGUUGCAGGUAUCACCACUAUCACAUUUCACUGCACUUGUAUAUAUGCAUUCCGGUUAUUGAUGUAUCUAUGCCACUUAUUUUGGCCUGUCUAAGGAGCAUAUGUUUUCAUGAGUAAUAGUAAAAACAUUGCGGUAAAUCCAUUAGUUUCUACCAAUCUUCUCCGAAGGACCAGUGUUCAGCACCUCUCGCCAGAAAUCAGUCCCUGCCCAUUUAAAUCUCCAGGCCGCAUAGCCGGAUUCACCCUCGUCGCCUCCCUGCUGUGUCUUGGUCCGUCCAUGUGCUAACUACAUCCUGCUUGCUAUCGCAUGCUCUGGGGUUAUAAGAAUAUUAUUGUUGUUUGAUUGAGUGCAGCUUGUAUGGUCUCAACGAUAGAAAAAUUUCAUGAGACCUCACAGGCACAUGCUUGAAACUGUGUUUAUUAACCUAGUUCCCAUUUGAUUCCUAUUUUAAUAUUGACAACCUAACAAAUAAUCGGUUGGUCUGGCCGCUGCAUCCAGCACUUCCUUCACAUGCGUUUCCUCACCUUUGUUUGUAGUCUUAAUUUUUUGGUUCUUCGGCCACUUGUUGAAACUUGAUAGUGGACACCUAGUUGGCUAGCUCCUACAACAUGAAAAUCGGAAUCACAUAUACUCCAUGUAUGGUGACUUGACAGUGUGUACCACUACUCGAUCAGUAGCUCUUGAGUGUCAUACUCUACAGUGCUGCACAUAUGUGAUCACUUUCUUCAGAGUUAGGAGAGGAUCAAGCUCACAACAAUGGCUGAAGGGCCAAUGGACUUCUGGAUCAACUGGGCGAGCCAGAUCGGGGUUCUCGUCAGCCUCGGCUGCCAGAUCACCCUCCAUCUCUUAGCCAACUUACGUCGGCGUAGUAGCUCAAUUGGGCUGAGGUUUCCCCUCUGGCUGGCGUACCAGCUGUCAGACUUGACCGCGACAUAUGCCGCCGGCCAGCUCCUCUACAGCAGCAGCACACCGCAAGACCACCAGCUGAUUGCCUACUGGGCUCCAUUCCUCCUGCUGCACCUUGGUGGCCCGGACAACAUCACCGCCUACGCCCUGGAGGACAACAAGCUCUGGACGCGCCACUUGCUGAGCCUUGUGUUGCAGGUUCUGGGAGCCGGAUAUGUCCUCUACAAGCACAUCACUGGCAGCGGGCUCUUCCUCAUGCUGGCUGCCAUCUUGAUAUUCCUUGUCGGGUUUGCAAAGUAUGCUGAGAGGACAUGUGCGCUCUGGCUCGCCAACUUCAGCAGCCUCCAGAGCUCCCUCAAGGUACUGGCACGCAACCAGCAUCACCAACAUUUUUACAUUGAGCAUCAAGACUGGUACUGCAACGACCUGGAGGACGAGCUCGUCCUGCAGCGUGCUCAUUCCCUGUUUCAUAUCUGCAAGCGUGGAAUAGUCGAUUCGGUAAUCGAGGUGGACUCGGAUAGCCCGGCGACAGAGGUGGAUUCUGAGGAAAAGAAAAUAAUCGGGGACCUUAGGGGAGAUAUCAAGUUCAUGUGGAGUGUGAUGGAGAUGGAGCUGUCCCUCUUGUACGACAUCCUGUACACCAAAGCAAGCGUGGCCCACUCUUGGGUUGGCUACUGCAUCCGUGUCAUCUCACCGCUCGCAAUCGCUGCCUCGCUCGUGUUGUUCCAGUUGAGCAUCAAAGAUGGUUACAGCCGCCUGGAUAUUGACAUCACAUACACCUUACUGGGUAGCGCCUUGGUUCUAGAGACCAAAUCGCUGGUUGGCGCAUUAGGUUCAAGCUGGGCGCUUGCUUUGUUGUGUGCCACGCGAUGGGACUGGCUCCGGCAUUCCGCUCUGUGCAGUGGAAGAUGGCAUCGGCUACGGUCCCUACUUAUUUCACUUCGUAGGUCCUGGCCUGGCAAGAUCAUGACAGGAACCUCGAGGAAGUGGUCAGGCACCAUGGGGCAGCACAACAUGCUAAGGUUUCGUGCCGGACAGGUGGAUCCAAUGAGCCGCCGGCUCGGUAAUCUGUUCAAGAUGCUGGGCUGCGGCGAUUGGUGGAACAGGAGGUACUAUUCAUGUAGCAUCGUUGUCCCGAAGAAGGUCAUGGAGCGUGCACAGGCUCUCAGUGAAUGGGUCUCACGGCGUGAUGUAAACACAAUGGGCUUACUCAGGGAUAUGUGGGGUGAAUCAUUGGAUGACGAAGAGAGGUACCCUGGGCUGUUCAAGAAGCUAAAGGAGUAUCAUGGAGUUGACUUCCAUGAGAGCAUCAUCAUCUGGCACAUCGCCACAGACUUGAUCCUCGCUGCAUGGGAGGAAAAGGAGAAAAGGGCUGACCUCGAGGAAAUGGACCGUGUGGAGAUAAUCAGGGCACUGUCCAAUUACUUGAUGUUCCUCCUCGUGAACCGCCCCUACAUGCUACCAGGCCUUCCCCAAAACUGGUUGUAUCAGCAAACCUGCAACAAUCUGGAUGGGAUAUGCCGUAAAAAUCAACUCGCCAGUUCUCCUGGUGACAGCUUCUGCACCGUGCUCAAGAAAUUUUUCCGACGGCAUCGUCACUGGGACUUGAAACCUUCUAUGCUUGAGAAGGAGCUCGCUGACCUCGUACUGAACCUCAAGGACUAUGGUCGCCCCGGCUCUAAAAAUCCUCGGCUCAUAUAUGCGCAGAUGAUUGCUAAAAUAGUAAUUGAAGCUAAGGUACAUGAGGUGAGUCUGCUGCUAGUCCUGUGGACCGACUUCCUAGCGUACGCAGCCAACCGGUGCAGCAGGGAGUCACAUGCCAGGAAGCUUAGCAGCGGUGGUGAGCUCACCACCAUCGUGUGGCUUAUAUUGGAACACAUACGCCAAAGUAAAGAAUAAAUGGAGCUGAGCCAUGUAUAAUUCAUUUCAGUAGUUCAUCAUGUGUACCGAUACACUGAUGAUGUAGACAUUUCCUUUGGCACCCCCUCUGGUCUGUCACACACCUUGCAUUCUGUAAUCUGGGGGCAAAACUCUCUGCAGUCCUCUGGAAUGUGUGCUGUAUUACAGAAAUUAUUACUGUAUUU